AGGUAGGGGGUUAUCGAUUUGUUUUCAUAGUCAUCAUUGGAAUGUACUUAUUUGAUUACGAAAAUGGGAAAUGGAAGAUCUGCACUAUUGUUAUUCAUCAACAAUAACAUUAUGAGACGCUUUAUACUGAAAGAAAACUUCCAUCAGAGAAUCCCUCACAUUCUGAAAAUGUUCAAAGCUGUAUUUGGAAAGAACCGAGACGGAGAGGGGAAGAGGAGCAAGGGAGAUCCAGCCUCCAACAGGCACCAGAGUGGCCAUCGCAGAGACGCUGGGGAGGGAUCGCACCACCAGGAGCCCCGCUGCUCUCGAACCCCCAGCCGGAGGCUGAGACUGGCCAAGGGCGUGUCCAUGUCUCUGCCCUCCUCCCCUCUCCUCCCCCGCCCCUCCUGCAUGGCGCCCUCACAGUCCUACAUGCAGUCUCCAGGGCUGAUCAGGAGAGAGGACUACGAGGAGGGCUUCUGCUUUCCUGGUGAAGCCAUUGUCUACGCUGGAAACCACGACAAGGCGUGCUACAAAGACCUCCAUGCGGAGCCCCAGCUCUGCUGCUCCGUCUCUACCCAGGAACUGAUGACCAGGCUGGGCUUCUUGCUGGGAGAAGGGAACCCUGCCUCAGCCAGACGCCCCAUGGAGGACCGCAGGGACAAGGAUCUGAGCCCCAGCUCCACACUGACCUGCAGCACCCCAUCUCCCUGCUCUGACAGCCCCGGCCCCACCCUCGGUGCUGGGGGGGCCCCUCUGCCCCCCUCUCCCUCCAGCCCUUGUGGGACCCCCCCCGGCCCCAGCCCCAGCUCCACGCUGCACAGCCAGGCUAGCGGGACCAGAGCAGGUGCCUCCAGCUCCUCAGAGCAGGAUGGUCGCAGCACCUCCAGCCUGGAGCUUCCUAAAGAUGGCUGCCAUAGGAGCCCCGACCCCCUGCCUCCUUGCCCCCCCAGCGGCCAUGAUGCCCCGCCCAGGACCCCCUCCCCCACCCGGCCCCGCCCCCAGUGCCCCGCCCACAGCCCCUCCUCCUCAGGGAUGCCACGCCCAAACUCCCUGGCCGCGACCAGUUGCACCAGGCUGGAGGAGCUGGUGUGUCUGCCCGAUCAGAGGAGCGUGUCUCAGAGAUCCUCGGUGCGCUGCUCCCGGCCCAGCCCUGGAGCACACGACUCUAAAGGGAGGUUGGCCCUGUUCCGACCCCCAGACAUCAUGCUGAAGCCUCUUCUGUUCGAGGUUCCCGGCCUGGCCGCUGACUCCUCCUUCGUGGGCCGUGAUUGGCUGUUCCUGCGGCUGGAGGAGGUCUUGGGGAAGAGCGAGGCCGGCGAGGGGGGCGGGGCCGUUGUCAUGGGCAACGUAGGUUUCGGCAAAACAGCGGCCAUCUGGCGCCUGGUGACCCUGAGCUGCCACGGCAACCCUCGGAGCCCCGGCAGAGGUGGGGACAGGGAGGCAGAGGGGGGGUCCAAGCAGCCCCCUCCCCCCAGCCCUCCCGCCACAGCCCCCCCGCCCCCCCAGCACCCCCCGCCCCCCCAGCCCUGCCCUGGAUCUCCUGAGACAGACAGACACAGAGAGGAGGCUGUCAAACGCCUGGCUGCCAAGGUGGUGGCGUAUCACUUCUGCCAGGCGGACAACACCUACACCUGCCUGGUGCCUGAGUUUGUGCACAGCGUCGCCGCCCUGCUGGCCAGAUGUCCUCAGCUGGCGCCCUACAGGGAGCUGCUGGUGAGAGAGCCCCUGCUGCAGAGCGCGCUCAGUCUGCGCUCCUGCGUCCAGGACCCCCUCAGUGCCUUCAGGAGGGGCGUGCUAGAGCCCCUCACCAGCCUGCGACAAGCAAGGACACUUCCAGAAGAGGACUUGGUUGUGUUGGUGGACGGGCUGAACGAGGCAGAGUUCCACAAGCCGGACUACGGCGACACCAUCUCCUCCUUCCUCACCAAGAUCCUCCCCAAGCUCCCGUCCUGGCUCAAGCUGGUGGUCACCGUCAGGACCGGACACCUGGAGCUAGCCUCCCCCCUUCCCUUCCCCAGGAUCUCCCUGGAUGACUUCUCAGACAGCAGUGAGAUCGGCGCCGACCUCGGUGACUACAUCCAGCUCCGUGUCAGCGCCAGCCCUGAGGUCGCCGCCAAUGUGACGGCGCCUAGUGGCUCCGCCCCCGACCCACUCCUCCUCAGCAAGUUCAGCAGCCACCUAGCCACGCGCAGCCAGGGCAGCAUGCUGUACCUGCGCUGCACCCUUGACCUCUUCCACCACGCUCACCUGGUCAUCAGGGGGGGAAACUACAUGGUGGUGCCCGUGUCGCUGGCGGAGGUGUUCCUGCUGCUGUGCCACGCCAGCUUCCCCGGGGCGCAGGACUUGGAGCGAGCUCUGCCCGUGCUCAACCUGGUCCUGGCCUCGCUGCACCCGCUGACGGAGGAGCAGCUGUUCCGGGCGCUGAACGCGGGGUACAUCCGCGGGGAGAUGGCCUGGGAGGACUUCCUGCUGCGCCUGGAGAGCCUCGCUCCCUUCCUGGUGAAGCGCAGAGACGGCACUCGCAUGAUGUUCCACCCCUCCUUCAGGGAGUGGCUGGUCUGGAGGGCUGAUGGAGAGAGCACCGACUUCCUGUGUGACCCCCGGAGUGGCCACGCCCUCUUGGCCUUCAUGCUCUCCAGGCAGGAGGGGAAGCUGAACCGGCAGCAGACCGUGGAGCUGGGACACCACAUCCUCAAAGCUCACAUAUUCAAGGGCCAAAGUAAGAGGACAGGGGUCUCCUCCAGUGUGCUGCAGGCUCUGUGGGUGAGCUGCAGCACAGACAACCUGUCUGCCGCUUUGGGCUCCCUCAGGAACCUGUACACCCCCAACGUCAAGGUCACACACACACGCAUGCACACACACUUCCAAGCACACACACACACCCACACCCCCUCUCUCCCUGACACUCUUGUUCGUCCGCAGGUGAGCCGUCUGCUCAUAAUGGGCGGGGCCAGCGUCACCUGGCGCACGGAGGUGAUUGGUCGAGCCCCGGUGCUGGGGGUGCACGCCCACCUGGGCCACACAGAGGAGGCGGGGCUUCUGCUGGAGAUGGGCGCGGCCGUGGACGCGGCCAGCGACACGGGGAUGACCCCUCUCUGCCUGGCGGCGGCAGCCGGACACCCGGGACUGGUCAGCCUGCUCUGCAGGAAGGGGGCAAAGGUGAGCCAUGUGGACAAGUCGGGCCAGUGUGCUGUGGUCCACGCGGGGCUGAAGGGACACCCAGACAUCAUCCACCUCCUCCUGGCACAGGCCUGGCCCGAGCCCACGGGCCCCCACGGCCCCCCCGGCCCCCCGGGCCCCCACGCCCUCCUGGGCUGCCCUGGGAGGAGGGAGGCCUGUCAGCAGGCCCUGACAGCAGCCUCCAGCAUGGGACACACACACGUUGUGAGGAGCCUGCUGGAGCAGAAGGAUGAAAAUGUGACCCUGCAGAUAGACGCUGCUGACUCCCUCUGGAGAGAGACAGCUCUGGGUGUGGCAUCGGCCCGGGGCAGGCUGCAGACCUGUGUGUUCCUGCUGGAGCAGGGGGCCAGCGUGGAGCAGGCCAGCCACCGGGGCGUGACCCCUCUCCUCAGCUGCGUCCGCCAUGGCCACGCCCAGGUAGCAGAGCUGCUCAUGCAGCAUGGGGCGAACAUCGAGGCGGUGGACAAACAGGGUCGCACUCCUCUGAUGGUGGCAGCCAGUGAGGGGCACCUGACCACUGCUGACCUGCUGUUGUCCAAGGGGGCGUCCGUGUCCUCAGUGGACCAGGAGGGGGUGUCGGCGCUGGGGUGGGCGUGUCUAAAGGGCCGCAGGGGCGUGUCUCAGCUGCUGCUGGAGAACGGCUCUGACAUCAACCACCUGGACCUCACAGGACGCUCCCCGCUGGACCUGGCCGCACUGGGCGCACACACACACACGGUGCAGUACCUGGUGGAGAGGGGGGCGGGCGAGCCCAGCUCUCACAGGCAGACUGAGCGCUCCAACACACUGCUGAAGAAGGGAGACAAAAUAGGCUAUAAAACUGCUCCUCAUGACCGAUCAGGUCACGCCACCUGGGCAAUGGCCUCUUCCAAACCAGACGUCCUCCUCAUCCUGUUGCAGAAGCUCAUGGAAGAAGGCAACCUGCUGUACAAGAAGGGGAGGAUGAAGGAGGCGGGGCAGAGGUACCAGUACGCCCUGAGGAGGUUCCCCCGGGAGGGCGUGGCCGAGGACCUGCGCUCCCUGAGGGAGCUGAAGGUGUCCCUCUACCUCAACCUGUCUCGCUGCAGCCGCAAAAACAACGACUUCGGCAUCGCGGAGGACUUUGCUACCAAGGCCCUGGAGCUGAAACCUAGGUCCUACGAAGCCUUCUACGCUCGCGCCCGCGCCAAGAGAAGCAGCAGGAAGUUCUCUGCAGCUCUCAGUGACCUGAACGAAGCAUCCCGCCUCUGUCCCUCCAACCGGGAGAUCAGACGGCUGCUACUGCGCGUGGAGGACGAGUGUCAGCAGCAGCAGCAGCCCAGCACCACCCAGGACCCCCCCCACCACCGCCAGCCCUCGGAUGGGGAGGCAGCCCUCCACAGUCAGGGGAGCCCAGACCGACAGAGCCCUCCAGAGCUGGGGGAGGAGGAGGUUCCUGUGAGGAGCGGGAGGAACCCGGAUCAGUGGCCUCAGAACCCGUACGGGCACAGCCGGGCCCUGCAGCCUGUCCUGGGGGACCACGGCCCCCCCCCGGGCCUGGACCUGGCCCCCCCUCCGGCCCAGCCAGGCCAACACAGCGCCCGGCUGCCCCACAACCUGACCAGCCAGCCCAGACAGCACUGCCACUCCCUGCAGCCAGGGGGCAGGAUCGCGGGCCGGCCCAUGUCUCUGUGUGGGCCGUCCAGCCCUCUGCCUGGCAGACACCUGCGCCCUGACAUCAGCCCUCUGCCCCCUUCCACCUCCAGCGAGCACCUCCCACCCUCCCCUUCCUCCCCCUCUUCCUCGCCCUUCUCCCCCAACGCCUUCUCCUCCAGCCUCUCCAGGGCAAUGGACCGGCUCUCGGCCCACCCCGGGGCCCCCGCAGAGGGCUCAUGUCCUGGGGCGGGGCCGGUUGCCAUGGAGGUGUGGAGGGAAGGGGCCUCUCGGGGCUCCAGCUCGGGCAGCAGCACGCUCUCGGACAGCGGCGUCCCACGGCCGCAGGGCGUCCCCGGGCUGCAGGGCCCCGACGCGCCUCGCCACGCCAGCAGCGUGAAGACCAAACCAGAGCUGAAGCCGCGACCGUUCAUGGGGGUGAAGGAUAAGGCUGUGCGUGUGCAGGGAGCACCCGGGCUGGGUUGGCCUGGGCUGGGCUCCGAGGGGAGACCCGAGACCUUCGGCAUGGCCGCCCUGGACCGGCCCGGGGAGUUCCAGCGGGCCUCGUACCAGGACAAGCCCCAGGGGGGUGGAGGGGGCCUGGCUAACGGCCAGCAGUACCCAGACAGGAAGGCUGGCCCGCAGCAGUACCCAGACCCCCGGAGCCUCCAGCCCAGCCUCACCCGGGACAACCCCGCCCUGCACGCACCCCCCAUCAAACCCAAACGCUCUUUCAUAGAGUCCAAUGUGUGACAGGGCGGGAACAGGAGCUCGCUGGGUCCUCAGACACACGACACGCAGACCAGAUACCCGGAGGCAGACCGAACCUAGUCCCGAGGGAAAGCAGGUGGACUUGAAGCUACUGUGCUUUUUGCUUCAGCAGAUCUCAUGUGUAGGGCAGCUUUUCCAAGCCGACAGCACAUCAACAGACCUCAGCAGCUCAACACAAGGCAAUAGAGACGCAUUAGUCCAACACGCAUAACAGCAAACAUGCAGAUAGAACGUAAGGUUGAAACGUACUCGUGAAUCUAGAAGACAAGAAGCCAUUUGAGAUGAGUGGCAAGCGAUGGGCAUUUUUAUUAUGGGGAAUUCUAGU